AUAGCAAUAAGUCAAACAUGUUACAGAGAUGCACACAUCUAGUGCUGGUGGCUCCUUAGCUUUAUGAUAUGCUCGGACCGAAUCGAAACGCGACGCAAGAAAAGCAAAGGCAAUUGCAGCAAUUGAAUUGAAUUCUACUGCAUCCGCACCUGUUUGUUGAUCGCCACACUCUAAUCGUCGUGCUCGCGGAUCGCGAAUGACCUCGCCUCAUCAAUCGAGAUGGAGAGAUCUGAUGCUAAACAAUUAGACCAGUUUUCAGCAAGCUCUACCUCUGAUGCUGCACUUUUUGAUGCAUCACAAUAUGCAUUUUUUGGACAAGAUGGAGCGGAAGAUGUUGAGUUGGGAGGUCUGGAAGACGAGGUGAAUGAUGUACCUGCACUUGGUUUUGGCGAUGAUGAAUAUCAUUUGUUUGACAAGGAAGAGGGAUCAGUUAUAGGAUCUCUAUCUGAUGUGGAUGAUCUGGCAACCACAUUCUCAAAGUUAAACAGAGUUGUUACCGGACCUAGACAUCCUGGAGUUAUUGGUGAUCGAGGGUCUGGCUCCUUUUCAAGGGAAAGUUCUUCUGCCGCUGAAUGGUCACAAGACAUAGAUUUUCCUGACUGGUUAGAUCAGCAUAUAUCUGACACAGAAAGCUGCCAGGAAAGUAAACGAUGGUCUUCCCAACCACAUCUUGCGUCCGUCUUACUUUCUGAGUCAAAACCUAUUUACAGGACAUCUUCAUACCCGCUACAACAACACCAGCAACAAUUUCCUAGUGAUACUAAUUUAGAACCAAAGUCAGCUUUUACUUCCUACCCUCCUCCAGGUAGCAUACCUCAACUGUCUUCACCUCGCCAACAUUCACGACAUCUAAAUGUAUCAUCUCUGGGUAGUGGGUCUCAGAUUCCCUUCUCUGCACCAAACCUUUCUCCUAUGUCCAACUCUAAUAUUCAUAUGUCUAGCAUGCCUCAUGGGUACCGUUAUAGUGGAAAUAUGUCUCAUUUAGUCUCUCCUGGUAUUUCUCUUGGUAGUGGGUCACAAAACAAUUGGCACAACCAUGCAGGGUUACUUCAUGGGGAUCAUUCCAUUCUCUUAAAUAACAUUUUGCAACAGCAAUUGUCUCAUCAGAAUAAUUUGGUUUCCCCACAUUUGAUCUCUCAGCAGCAGCAGUUGCAACAGCACAGGCUCAAUCUUCCAAUUCAACCAUCUUUGGCUCAUUUUUCAUCACUGCAAUCCCAGUUUUAUAAUACCCUUCCUUCUCCAACAUCACACCUGAGAAAACAUAGAUCAGCUGAGAUGCGAGAUCAACGGCCUAAAGUAUCACAAAGAGGUAAACAUGCUCGUUUAUCUCAACAAAAUUCUGAUGCUAGCCAGCAGAGUGAUUAUAACUGGCCGCAAUUUAGAUCUAAACAUAUGACAGCUGAUGAAAUAGAAAGUAUUCUUAGAAUGCAGCAUGCUGCAACACAUAGCAGUGACCCCUACAUAGAUGAUUAUUACCACCAAGCUCGUCUAGCCAAAAAAUCUACUGAAUCAAGGUCAAAGAUUCGCUUCUGCCCAGCUCACCUGAAGGAGCCCUCUUCUCGAUCACGUAACAAUUCAGAAUCCCAGCCGCAUCUUCAGGUUGAUUCUCAUGGACGGGUUUCGUUUUCUUCUAUCCGUACACCUCAGCCUCUCCUUGAAGUUGAUCUUCCUUUCUCUGCUUCUGGUGAGGGUAGUGCUGAUCAGAAAAUGUCUGAGAGACCUUUAGAACAGGAGCCCAUGCUGGCAGCUAGAAUAACAAUUGAGGACGGCCUUCGUGUCCUUCUUGAUGUUGAGGACAUCGACAGGUUCCUACAGUAUAGUCAACCCCAAGAUGGUGGGUCUCAGCUGAGACGGAGGCGACAAAUAUUGUUAGAUGGUUUGGCAGCUUCACUUCAACUUGCUGACCCUCUAGGGAAAAGUGGAAAAUCAGUCGGGCUAAAUCCCAAGGAUGACAUUGUAUUUUUACGGCUGGUAUCUCUUCCUAAAGGUCGAAAGCUUAUUUCAAAAUACCUUCAGCUUCUUUUUCCUGGUGGUGAGUUGGCUCGAAUAGUUUGCAUGACUAUCUUCCGUCACUUGAGGUUUUUAUUUGGUGGCCUUCCCUCUGAUCCCGAAGCCGCCAAAACUAUCACCAGUCUUGCAAAGACGGUUACUGAAUGCGUUACUGGCAUGGACCUGAAUUCUCUGAGUGCAUGUAUUGCUGCAGUAGUUUGUUCUUCAGAGCAACCUCCCCUUCGUCCACUCGGUAGUUCUGCUGGAGAUGGAGCAUCUAUUAUCUUAAAAUGUGUCUUGGAGAGGGCAACACUGCUCUUAACAAAUCCUCAGGCCUCUAGCAACCGUAUUCUGCCUAAUCCUGUUCUGUGGCAGGCUUCAUUUGAUGCCUUUUUUGGUCUUCUUACCAAGUAUUGCCUGGGUAAAUAUGACAGCAUUAUGCAAUCUAUAUAUGCACAAAACACCCAACCUAGCUCAGAUGUUAUUAAUACAGAGGCAGCCAGAGCUAUAAACAAAGAAAUGCCUGUAGAACUUCUACGUGCUAGUCUUCCUCACACAAAUGAUAAUCAGAGGAAGCUGCUACUUGAUUUUGCUCAGCGGUCUAUGCCAGUAAGUGGAAUUAAUGCUCAUGGUGGAGAUGGUGGCCAUGUUACUCCGGAAUUUGUCCGUGGUUAGCUAUUCUGGACACUAAAUGUGUAUGGAUUGCAUCUUUAUAGAGAGGUUGCUUGACAUAUUCAUUGCUUCGCAAAUGGAUUCAUAAUAGUUCUCAUGUGGAGAUCAAAGUAUUUGGAAUGUAUAUACUCUAGGAACUAUUUUAUGCCAUACUCUCUCCCCCCCCUCUCCCCCCUCCUCCUCUCCCUCCUUCCCCCCCUCUCCCUCUCUCUCCGUUUAGCUGCUGAACAUACUGAGAUGAUGCAUGACUUUAAAUUUUUGUAUUAAAAAGUCAACAAGGGGGAUUAGUGAAUGUCAAGUGUUAUCAUACAAGAGCACUAUUUUAUUGCUCAAUAUUGUAACUCUGAUGGAACCUGUAGUGUAGGGGAGAUUUAUCUGGGAAAUUGAUGGGUGGAAUAUCCUGUUGCAUAUUGUUGUAUUUUAAUUUAAGUUAGGUACUGUGUGUGUUUGCCUCUAAAUGUCAUCUGUUUCUUGAAAAAGGGGCUCAGGUGCUCAGGUUCUGCAGGAGUAACUCAUAAUUCCUGAAUUUUGAAGGUAUAAGUUUGCCUUGCAAGCCACUAUGAUUUAUCAGCACUUCAGCCGACGUGCUCUGGAGCAUUUCUGUUAUGUUAGUUUUCCCUUGGUGGUAUUACUGAGAUGUAUUAAUCAAUCAGAGUGAACGUAGAUAUAUAUAAUUGUACAACUGCUUUUGACAUGUAAUAGAAACCAGGCAUCCAGACUUCUAUCUGUAACAGUUCAAAUGUGCAAUAUUAUGAGUUAUGACCUGUUCUGUUUCACAA